UUGUGAAAAUGACAAUCUACUACUACACCAUUACCUCCUGCUUGGUAUUUAUAGGCAUUUCUUAUAUGAAGCAACCGCUGUAGGCUCACACGGUUUCCUAUGUUGGCCAUUUGUAAAGAAACCGCUAUAGGGGUGUCGCGGUUUCUUCGUUGUUGAAUUCCUUCAGAAACCGCUACAGAGUGUAGCUGUUUCUCUUGACACGUAUUCCAACGUAAACCGCUAUACCGUGUAUCAGUUUACAUGCAUUCCAGAAACCACCAUACCCUCCCGAGGUUUCUAUAGUAAUAUAAAUAUUUUGAUUUGCGUUUGCAAUAUUAAAAAGUUGUAUUCUGGUAAUUAUGGUUUAUAAACAUUUUAAAUGAGUAACUUGUCCUUUUAUUUAGAUAGGUCCUUUUUUAUAAUGAUGAUAUAAUCGGUCUUUUUUAUUAAUUAGUUUGUGUUAAUAGUCCUUGUUGUUAAUUUUCCCAUUUUUUUAAUUCAAUAAUAUUCACUUUCUCUUAUUCUUAUUGUUUCUAAAAGUCAGCAGAAGAGAACCACCACUUCUCAUACCCAUUUUCUUUGCUCCUUUCAAGAACCAAUGCCGCGCGCCGUUGUAUAUGACGAUAAUUUUCGAAUCAAAACCUGUUGGAACUCCAAACUACAGCUCCUUUUUCUGAUUUCAUGUGUUUCUUGCUCUUCGAUAUGUCGUUGCCGUGCGUUGCCACAAUUAAUGGAUGGGUUGCGUUCGGAAAGUCGGCCGGUACCACAGUUUAGUGCUGUCACCGGAGCAAAUAGAGAAGCUCUACUCACAAUGUAAGCGAUAAUAGUGAUGCAGAGGUAAUUUUAUAACAACACGCUAUUUAUCAAUUUUUUUAAUUUUUAUAUCUUCUUUUCUUCUUUAUAUCAUCAAUUGUACUAAUUGCUUUAUGGAUUUCUCAUUCUAUUGAUUUAAUGUAUGUGAUGUUUAAAUAUGGCAUCAAAGCACAUCUUGAAGGAGCUUAAAAAUUUGCAGAAGGACCAUCCAACGUCAUACAGUGCAGAUCCUGAUGCUGGUGCUACUGCAACCGAUGGAGAUGAUGUUGCUGGCCUAAAUGGAGCUACUGUUAUUGCUGAUGAUGGAGCUACUGCUGACACUAUUGCUGCUACUACUGACAACAGAUCUGGUGUAAAUAUUCGUAGAUUUGAGAGAAGAAGGGAAAUUGGAAUAGACAGGGGCAGAAGAAAGGGUAGAGAAAUAACUGCUGUUGUUGCAUUUUCACAACCACUCCCUACCACAUUUGCUGCUGCAUCUUCACAACUGCUACCCACUACACCUGUUGCUGCCUCUUCUCAACCACCUUUCACAGUUGCUACUUCAGAUUCUCAGGCUCCAACUAUAGCUACUGGUGCAGCAGAUUUUAAGUCUCCUAUUAUAGCACCUCCUAUUGCAUCUUCCUAGCCUCUCCAACCUGUUGCAGUUGUAUAUUUUUAGCAACUACCUAGAGCAUCUUCUCAAGUUUUACCAAAGACAAAGGUGUUUGGUGUGAGAAAGAGUGGGUGGCUCAAGUUAGGAGUGAGGAAGCCAACAGGACAACCAAAUCUACAUAUUAACCUAACUGAAGACUAAGCAUCAUUACAAUUAGAGUUAGGAUUAUUGGGGUUGCUAUUAAAUACUAUAUGUUGUGAUGAAUUGUAUAGGCUUUAUUGUUAAUGUUGUGUAUCUGUGGCCACUGUUUAUUAUAUGGGUACGACCACUAUUUUGGUAUUUUGUUAUUUGGUUGGACCACUUUUAACUGUUACACUUCCUGAACCUUUAUUUUGGAUUAUUAGAUUUGUGGCAUAUUAUAUGACCACUUAUUUUGUGAUAUAUUGU